UCGUCCCGAUUCGGUGCUCCGGGGAGUUAGUGGAAGCGAGGGCUGCAGUCACCCAGGAAUAACAGUAGCUGCUUCGCAGUGGGAAUUCCCUGGCCCUUUUCCGUGAGCAGAACGACAUCAAGAGAGACCUUGAGGCCUUGAGAUCCGGAGGGAGAGGGCAAAGCGGGCCCCUCCCCCAAAACUCCCCACUGAUCGGCCAACUCUCUCUUUCUACCCCCUCCCUUUUUUCCCAGCGCUCAACACGCGAGUCUGUGGCACAGGCGCAGAAGGAGUCGGAGGGGGGCCCUUUGCUCUCGCGCGUGUGCGGGCUUCAGCGCGCGCUUUCCGUCUUUCUCUCUCGAUUGGUCAAAGUGCAUCGUCUCCACUCCUCCCCUUCCCUAGUCUAGAUUGAAGAGGAAGGGGAGGUGGAGCUGCAUAGCGCAUGCGCGGCAACCUUGCUGUCGCUGUUGCUGUUGCGUUGCAAAAAAAAAUUUCUGGCUGGGUAGUCUUGUGGCUCUCGUACGAGGGCUACAAGGGCUUUGAGAAAGUAUUGCGGAGGGGAGGGGGUGGGGGUGAGGAGUCGGGUAGUGUUAGGUGCCCGACGCAAACUCCCAUCCCCCGUCCCACGGGACACCCUAUUUUCUUGUUGGGAAAGGGGCUAUGAGUGCAAGGUGCUGGUCAGAGUCCUGCUGGGAGCGGAGUCCUGCGCUCUAAAACCCUCGCCUCUCGGGCCAGACGUUUAGAAGGGUAUUGCUCUAGGCCUUGUACGCCCCCGCCCCCUGGGCGAACCUCCUCCGACCCGGGACUGGUUUAAACACUACUUCUUCCAAAGUGACCAAAGUGCAAGACUCUCGGCCGCCCCCCUGAGCGCCGCGGGGCCGCCUCCGGCGCCGGCCCUCCCGGUCCUCCCGCCCCCUCCGCCAGCCUUGCCGAGCGCGUGCACCCGCUUUCUCUUUCCCUCGCAGCCCCCAGCUCGCACGCACCCGCAGUGAUUGUUUUGCCCGCUCCCGCCGCCGCCGCAGGAGGAGCAGCAGCGCUUGUGCAAGGGGGAAAGAUGGCGGCCGGCGGCGGCGGCGGAGGCGGUGGCAGCAAGGCCUCCUCGUCGGCGGGGGCCCUGGAAUCCUCGCUGGAUCGCAAAUUCCAGUCGGUGACCAACACGAUGGAAUCCAUCCAGGGCCUGUCGUCAUGGUGCAUCGAGAACAAGAAGCACCACAGCACCAUCGUCUACCACUGGAUGAAGUGGCUCCGCAGAUCUGCCUUUCCACACCGACUGAAUCUCUUUUACCUGGCCAAUGAUGUUAUACAGAACUGCAAACGGAAAAAUGCAAUCAUAUUCCGAGAAUCAUUUGCUGAAGUGCUUCCUGAAGCUGCCUCUCUGGUGAAGGAUCCAUCUGUCUCUAAGUCUGUAGAACGGAUUUUUAAAAUCUGGGAAGAGAGAAAUGUAUACCCUGAAGAAACAAUUGUAGUACUAAAAGAAGCUUUGAGUACCACUUUCAAAACUCAGAAGCAGCUGAAAGAAAAUCUGAACAAACAACCGAAUAAGCUGUGGAAGAAAUCACAAACCUCUACCAACCCUAAAGCUGCUCUCAAGUCUAAGAUAGUCGCCGAAUUUCGAUCCCAGGCUCUCAUUGAUGAACUACUGCUCUAUAAGCGUUCUGAGGACCAGAUUGAACUGAAGGAGAAGCAGCUGGCCACUAUGCGAGUAGAUGUGUGCAGUACAGAGACCCUCAAGUGCUUAAAAGAUAAAACUGGUGGGAAAAAGUUUUCCAAAGAAUUUGAAGAGGCAAGCUCCAAGCUGGAAGAAUUUGUGAAUGGCUUAGACAAGCAGGUGAAGAAUGGGCCCUCACUGACGGAGGCACUGGAGAAUGCUGGAAUUUUUUAUGAAGCUCAGUACAAGGAAGUCAAAGUGGUGGCCAACGCAUAUAAAACCUUUGCUAACAGAGUGAAUAAUUUAAAGAAGAAACUGGAUCAGCUUAAGUCCACCCUGCCUGAUCCUGAAGAAUCUCCAGUCCCUUCACCAAGCAUGGAUGCUCCCUCACCAACUGGUUCUGAGUCCCCUUUCCAGGGAAUGGGAGGAGAGGAGUCCCAAUCACCAGCUGUGGAGAGUGAGAAAUCAGCCACACCUGAGCCUGCUACAGAUAACCGGGAUGUGGAAGACAUGGAACUCUCAGAUGUGGAGGAUGAUACAUCAAAAAUCAUCGUGGAGGACAGGAAAGAAAAACCUGUUGAGAAGCCCGCUAUAUCCACGUCUGCACCUACUAAACUAACAGAAAGUGUCCCAAAGGCAGCACCGUGCACCACAGCUUCUGUGGCUGUGACAUCAACUCCGCCACCACCAAAACCCAUGAGCACAUCAGUUCUGCCCCCGUCCCCUGCCCUGGCUUUACCGAAUCUAGCCAAUGUGGAUCUGGCGAAGAUCAGUUCCAUCCUUAGCAGUCUAACAUCCGUCAUGAAGAAUACGGGGGUCAGUCCUGCAUCAAGACCAUCUCCAGGCACUCCUACAAGUCCCACACACCUCCCAGGCAACCUGAAAGCACCUGUUCCUGCCACAACAACCUCUCACAAUCCUCUGGCCAACAUCCUCUCAAAGGUGGAAAUCACCCCAGAGAGCAUUCUCUCUGCCCUUUCUAAAACCCAGACGCAGGCAGCCCCUGCACUGCAAGGCCUGUCAUCCUUACUUCAGAGUGUUACUGGGAACCCAGUUGCUUCAAGUGAAGCUGCAUCCCAGAGCACUUCAUCUUCCCCAGCCAACACCAGCAUCUCCAGCAUGAAAGGGAGGAGUCUGCCCUCUAAUACACAAUCCUUUAUGCCCAAAAGCUUUAGCUAUUCUCCUAACUCUUCAACUUCUGAGGUUUCUUCAACUUCAGUUAGCAAGGUCCCUAUAGGGCACAAUCCAGGGCUCCCAACCUCAAGUUUUAAGCCACCAUCCAACUCACUGGGAUUUUCUGCUUCCCACAGUGCAAGUCCUGCCAUUCCAGCCACUGAACCUGCUAUGGGGCAGUCUUCUGAGAUCUCUAAGCCAAAGCUAGAGUCAGAGCCCACUUCCCCAAGCCUAGAGAUGAAGAUCCAUAAUUUUUUGAAAGGUAACCCUGGCUUCAGUGGAUUAAACCUGAACAUCCCAAUCCUCAGCAGCUUGGGGGCCAGUAUUCCAGCUGAGAGCCAUCCAUCUGACUUUCAGCGAGGCCCAACAAGCACUUCCAUGGACAACAUUGAUGGAACUCCUGUCCGGGAUGAACGGAGUGGGACUCCUACCCAGGAUGAGAUGAUGGACAAGCCUACAUCCAGUAAUGUGGAUACUAUGUCCUUGCUGUCCAAAAUCAUUAGCCCUGGCUCUUCCACACCCAGCAGUACAAGGUCACCACCACCAGGGAGGGAUGAUAGCUAUUCCCAAGAGCUAUCUAACUCUGUAUCUUCCUAUCGGCCUUUUGGCCUAGGCAGUGAAUCCCCCUACAAGCAAACUUCUGAUGGAAUGGAGAGGCCAUCCUCCCUCAUGGAUUCACCACAGGAAAAGUUCUACCCAGAUACCUCUUUCCAGGAGGAUGAGGAUUACAGAGAUUUUGAAUACUCAGGCCCCCCUCCAUCAGCCAUGAUGAAUCUAGAGAAGAAGCCAGCUAAGUCUAUCCUAAAAGCAAGCAAGCUUUCUGACACCGACUACCAACCCAUCAUGUCCAGCUACAGCCACAGGACACAGGAAUUUGGUGUGAAGUCUACCUUCCCUCCAGCAAUGAGGGCUCUCCUGGACCCAAGUGAGAGUUGUGACCAUCUCUCCUCUUCUCCUGGCCUGUAUGGUGCCUAUAACCUAAGAGGGAAUGAGUCUGGGUCAGACCGGUCACCAUCACCGAGUAAGAAUGAUUCCUUUUUCUCUCCUGACUCCAACCACAGUAGCCUUUCUCAGUCUGCCAGUGUACACCUCGGCUUACCCCAGAAGCAGUACCCAGACUCUCCUCACUCGAUCCCACAUCGCUCCCUUUUCUCUCCACAGAGCACCCUUGCCACUCCCACAGGCCGGCCACCCACUUCAGGUGUGGAAAAAGUCCUGGCCUCCACCAUUUCUACCACUUCAACAAUUGAGUUUAAGAAUAUGCUCAAAAAUGCGUCACGAAAGCCCUCCGACGAUAAGCACUUUGGCCAGGCCCCCAGCAAGGGUAGCACGAGCGAUGGAGUCAGCCUUGCCAGCCUCGUCCAACCCAGCUUGAGUUCCAGUGAUCAGCAGCAGCAGCAGCAGCAGCCAGAGGAGCACUACCGCAUAGAAACCCGAGUCUCCUCUUCUUGCCUAGACUUACCUGAUAGUACCGAGGAGAAAGGGGCCCCCAUAGAAACCUUGGGUUACCAUAAUGCCUCCAACAGGAGGAUGUCAGGGGAGCCCAUCCAGACAGUAGAGUCCAUCCGGGUGCUGGGGAAAGGGAAUAGAGGACAUGGGCGUGAGCCUUCGAGGGUGGGUUGGUUUGAGCUGAGCCCCUCAGGCAGCUCCUUUGACAAUGGCCCCUCGAGUGCCUCAGAGCUGACCUCCCUUGGGGGUGGGAGUGGAGGGGGGCUUUCUGGCUUCAAAGCAGCGGCAUACAAGGAGCGGGCACCCUCAUUUCAGGAAAGUGUCAGCUUUCGUGCCAGCAACUUCAACUCUACUUUUGAACACCAUCUCCCCCCACCCCCCUUGGAGCAUGGGGCACCCUUCCAGAGAGAGCCUAUGGGGCCAUCAUCUGCCCCACCUGUUCCCUCUAAGGAGCAUGGUGGGCUCUUCUCUCGGGAUACUCCCAGCCACCUGGCCUCUGUGGAUCUUUCAAACCCCUUCACAAAGGAAGCAGCCCUAGCCCAUGGUGCCCCACCCCCUCCUCCUGGAGAUCAUAGUGGGGUUCCCUUCUCCACUCCACCUCCUCCUCCGCCCCCUGGGGAGCACAGCAGCAGUGGUGGCAGUGGCGUCCCUUUUUCUAACCCUCCCCCUCCUCCUCCCCCUGUUGACCACUCAGGGGUGGUCUCCUUCCAAGCCCCACCCCUGGCAGAGCACAGUGGAGUGCCGGGGCCUGUCGCGGUGUUCUCCAAGGAGCAUAGCUCCCUUCUCCAAGGGAAUCUGGCUGAGCAUUUUGGAGUGCUCCCAGGACCCCGGGACCCCACACAGAGGGACCUCAAUGGCCCUGGCCUGAGCCGUGUCCGUGAGGGCCUAAGCCUGCCUACACAUUCUCGAGAGCACCUAGGCCCAACCCACGGAGGAGGUGGGGGGGGCAGCAGCAGCAGUGGCCCGGCCUUGGGUCCCCCACACAGAGACACCAUCAGCCGGAGCGGAAUGAUCUUACGGAACCCCCGGCCAGACUUUCGGCCUAGGGAAUCUUUUCUCAACAGAGACCCAUUUCACAGCUUAAAGAGGCCCAGGCCACCUUUUGCUAGGGGCCCUCCGUUCUUUGCACCAAAACGCCCAUUCUUCCCUCCCAGGUACUGAUGGAGACCAAGGGAAAGCAUUUUGAACACUCUAGAGAGCAUUGGAAGUAGGUUUUUUUUUUUUGGUUUGUGCUUUUAUUUUUUUUUUGUUUUGUUUUUUUUCCUUUUCCUUAACGUCUUGUUUUUUUCCCCUUUUUUUAUUGUUGUGAUAAAGGGCCCCCCCCCAUGUCACCUUCCUAAAUUAAAAGAGAUCUCUGCUUGCACCUCCCAACUCUACUAGACUUUCUAUCUUUUCUUACCUACCUCCCACCCUCAUUUAUUUUUGUGGUGUGUAUGUGUGUGUGUGUGUGUGUGUGUAGAGAUAGACAUACAUAUACUCACAUACACACAACAUUCAGUUUGGUUGUGGGUCAUGGGGCAGCAGAAGAAAAGGAAAACAAAAUCUGUUCUAACCCCAUUUUCUGAAGACUAUUGCCAUUUAAAUAAAACUUCCAGUAGUACAGAUAA